AUGACGGAAGAGCCAAACGCCUACGGGCUGUUCCACUGCGGGCCGGAUCAAGGCGCCAUCUUGAGAAGAGCCGGACUGCCCAGGACUGGUUGGACCAUGCCGAUUCCCUUCUGCUCCCAGAUUGUGUUGCUACUCCUGCUGCUGACAGGUGCUGAAAGCAGUUUGUUUCAAAAAGCCUGUGGCCGGCCCAAAGUGUCUUCCCCUCGGAUCGUUGGGGGGGAGAAGGCUGAUGAAGGGGAAUGGCCCUGGCAAGUCAGCAUACGGAACAACAGGCUGCACAUUUGUGGCGGGAGCCUCAUCUCGUCCCAGUGGGUGGUGACGGCCGCGCAUUGCUUCGAAGGACCGCUGGUCCCAGACGAGUACCGAGUUCACCUGGGAGAAUAUGAGCUCCCCAAACCUUUGCCCAGCAUGGUCUCGUCCGGUGUCAGCAAAAUCAUAGCGCAUCCGUAUUACGCCGGAGAUGGGCUGAGCGCCGACAUUGCGCUCCUGCAGCUGGAAGAGCCCAUCCGGUUCUCCCGGACCAUCUUGCCCAUCUGUCUGCCCGGUACUUUGGAUCCGGACCCCUUCCCCGCAGGAAUGUCAUGCUGGGUCACUGGCUGGGGCAACCUCUAUCCGGAAGCCCCCUUUGUCACUCGGACCCUGCAGGAGCUGGAGGUGCCCAUCCUAGGCGUGGAGGACUGUGACCGCAUGUACCACAACAACACCUUCUCCGAUACUGAGGAUGUGCCGGAAGGCUACAGGCUGAUCCACAAAGACAUGAUCUGCGCUGGGUACCCGGAAGGGAAGAAGGAUUCUUGCCAGGGCGACUCCGGGGGACCCCUGGCAUGCAAGCAGAAUGGCACUUGGUUCCUUGCUGGAGUGGUGAGCUUCGGGUUUAGCUGUUCGGAGGCCAACCGACCUGGCGUCUACACCCGGAUCACCUCCUACUUGGACUGGAUUCAACAUACUGUGGCCCAGAACUCAAAGACGGGUAGUGGAGCCCAUCUCCCGAGUGCCAAUUCUUCUCUCUUCUUGGUUCUCCUCCUCCUCGUGGCCGUAACCAACAGCAUUUCAUGAACUGCCUUAACUCCGCCCAUGGCACUUCAAAACGGCCGCCAUGCUUC